AUGAACGGCGUCGGCAUCUUCUUCAUCGUGCUGGUCGUGAUGCUGAUCAUAGCCGCGGCUGGCUGGAUCGUCUUCACACAGCUCCGCGCCAGGAGAUUAGGUCUCCCCGCGCCGUCGCUAUCGUCAUACAACCCCUUCGCGCGCUCCGACCCCUCGCCGUACGGCGCGCCGUCGCCGGCACCGGGCGGCAUCCGCGGCUGGUUCAAUGACAAGCUGAAGGGGCGCAACAAGCGCUCGGCGGCCGGCGCGUACGAGCAGCCGCUCGCGGGCGGCGGCGGCACGGCCCACCGCGGCUUCGGCGCCCUCGACCCGGACUCGGCCUGGGACACGCGCGUCGGCACCGAGGCCGACGCCUACGGCGGCUACUACGAGGAGCAGGAGCUGGGCGGCGGCCACCACCACGACCCCUACAGCGGCUCCGGCUACGCCAUGAACCUGGCCGCGACGCCCGGCGCCCCGCCCGCCGGCUACGGCGACCACCACGACGAGCGCCGCGGCCGCAGCCGCGACAGGGACAGCGCGCUCAGCGUCCCCGGUGGCGGCGCUGGCGGCAGCAGGUCGAGGCAGAACCCCUUCGACGACGACGCUGCCGAGCCGAGCAACAUGAGCCUGCGAGGCGUCAGCCCGCGGCCCAUCGACACCGGGGUCUCGAGGCACGGCGUUGCGAACGACAGCCCGACGGAGCGCAAGAGCGUGUUCCGGGAGAACGUAUGA